CCAGGUGCAUCCAAUUUUUCAACUUUACCAAAGAUCUCUCCAUCUCUAUCAAAUAAUUAUAACAACAUGAACAACAGAAAUGUGAAAAAUUCAAACUAUUGUCUCCCAUCAUAUACUGCUUAUAAGAAUUAUGAUUAUUCAGAGCCAGGAAGACACAAUGAGCAGCCAGGCCUGUGUGGCCUGAGUAACUUGGGGAAUACAUGUUUCAUGAAUUCAGCAAUUCAGUGUCUGAGCAACACACCUCCUCUUACAGAAUACUUCCUCAAUGAUAAAUACCAAGAAGAGCUGAAUUUUGACAAUCCUUUAGGAAUGCGAGGUGAAAUAGCAAAAUCUUAUGCAGAGCUUAUCAAGCAAAUGUGGUCAGGAAAAUACAGCUAUGUUACCCCAAGAGCAUUUAAGACACAAGUGGGACGAUUUGCACCACAAUUUUCUGGUUAUCAGCAACAAGAUUGUCAAGAGCUACUGGCUUUUCUCUUGGAUGGAUUACAUGAGGAUUUGAAUCGAAUUAGGAAAAAGCCUUACAUUCAGUUAAAGGAUGCAGACGGGAGACCAGACAAGGUGGUUGCUGAAGAAGCCUGGGAAAACCAUUUAAAAAGAAAUGAUUCCAUCAUUGUAGAUAUAUUUCAUGGCCUUUUUAAAUCUACUCUAGUUUGUCCUGAAUGUGCUAAGAUAUCUGUAACCUUUGAUCCCUUUUGUUACUUGACACUUCCAUUACCCAUGAAAAAAGAACGCACUUUGGAAGUUUAUUUAGUUAGAAUGGAUCCACUUGCAAAGCCUAUGCAGUACAAAGUAGUUGUUCCCAAAAUUGGAAAUAUAUUGGAUCUUUGCACAGCAUUGUCAGCUUUGUCUGGUGUUGCUGCAGAUAAGAUGAUUGUUACUGAUAUAUACAAUCACAGGUUCCACAGGAUAUUUGGCAUGGAUGAAAAUCUAAGUAGUAUUAUGGAACGUGAUGACAUUUAUGUAUUUGAAAUUGCUAUCAAUAGAACAGAAGAUACAGAACAAGUUAUAAUUCCUGUUUGUUUAAGGGAAAAGUGCAGGCACACUAGCUACAGCCAUAGUGGUUCUUCACUCUUUGGUCAACCUUUUCUCAUAGCAGUGCCUAGAAACAAUACAGAAGAUAAACUGUAUAACCUGCUGCUGCUAAGAAUGUGCCGAUAUGUAAAAACAUGUACUGAAAGCGAAGACACCGAAGGAUCCCUACAUUGCUGUAAGGACCAUGGUAUCAAUGGUAAUGGCCCAAAUGGAAUACAUGAAGAAGGAUCUCCAAGUGAAAUGGAAACAGAUGAACAAGAUGAUGAAUCCAGCCAGGAUCAAGAACUUCCUUCAGAGAACGAAACCAGCCAGUCAGAAGACUCAGUUGGAGGUGACAAUGACUCUGAAAAUGGAUUAUGUACUGAGGAAACUUGCAAAGGUCAACCACUCACGGGACACAAAAAGCGAUUGUUUACAUUCCAGUUCAAUAAUUUAGGCAAUACUGACAUAAACUACAUCAAAGACGAUACCAGGCAUAUUAGAUUUGAUGAUAGGCAACCUAGGCUUGAUGAAAGAUCUUUCCUUGCUUUGGAUUGGGAUCCUGAAUUGAAGAAAAGAUAUUUUGAUGAUAGUGCAGCAGAGGAUUUUGAAAAACAUGAAAGUGUGGAAUAUAAGCCUCCCAAAAAGCCUUUUGUGAAAUUAAAAGAUUGCAUUGAGCUGUUCACAACAAAGGAAAAACUAGGUGCUGAAGACCCAUGGUAUUGUCCAAACUGUAAAGAACAUCAGCAAGCUACCAAGAAGUUAGACUUGUGGUCACUGCCCCCCGUACUGGUAGUUCAUCUAAAGCGCUUUUCCUACAGCAGAUAUAUGAGGGACAAGUUGGAUACAUUGGUUGACUUUCCAAUAAACGACUUGGACAUGUCAGAGUUCCUUAUUAAUCCCAAUGCAGGGCCUUGCCGCUACAACUUGAUUGCUGUCUCCAACCACUAUGGAGGAAUGGGAGGAGGGCAUUAUACUGCUUUUGCAAAUAAUAAGGAUGAUGGAAAAUGGUACUACUUUGAUGACAGUAGCGUGUCCACUGCAUGUGAGGACCAAAUAGUGUCCAAAGCAGCGUAUGUGCUCUUCUACCAGAGACAAGACACGAUCAGUGGAACUGGCUUUUUCCCUCUUGACCGGGAAACUAAACAAGGUGCUUCAGCUGCCACAGGCAUCCCACUAGAAAGUGAUGAAGACAGCAAUGAAAAUGAUAAUGAUUUAGAAAACGAAAAUUGUAUGCACACUAACUAAUGGAAGAACUAGAAGCCAUAAAAGAGACUUUCUUACUGGGGAUACCUAUUGAAAGAGUGAAAUUGCCCACCAAAUUAAGAAUAAAAAUCUGAGAUGGGGAAUUUCAGAUAGCAGAAUGUAAAUCUUUAUUACAUUUUAACAUGUGCAGUACUUGAAGUGAAACAAUAAAAACUUAAACAGAAA